GCCAAUCUUAGGUCAACCAGAAUGAAGGUAUGUUUACUUAAAACAGUCUGUGAGUAACUCUCGAUCUGAACUGAACAAGACAACUCUGCUUGUCUCUCUAUCUCCAUUCGGCAAAAAAUGAACAAAAUAUCGUUUGUUUUACAAGAUAAGCAUAUGUAAACAUUCGGUGUACCGCCCAGUGAAGUGAAAAUUUACGCGCGCAGACACUGUGGCGCUGGGUGCGAACCGCACGAAACAACCGCAAACAUGGUUGAAAUCGAUCUAUUUACGGCAGUUGCCGUCGGGGUGAUAAUUAUACUGUGCUAUCACUACAUAGCGCAGAAAUAUCUGUACUUCCUAACGAAACCGGUGCCAUGUCUGAAACCAACCUUUCUGUUGGGUAAUUUUGCCUCCUUACUAUUUCGUCGUAAGGAUAUUGUAUCACAUUUGAUAACCAAUUACAACGCAUUCCCAGAUGCCAAGAUUUCUGGAUUCUUCGACUUCAUCGGUGGAGUUUACCUUCUGCGCGAUCCAGAGAUGAUCAAUAAAAUUUGCGUGAAGGAUUUUGACUUUUUUACCGAUCGUACUCCGAUCUUGCCUCUGGAUCAGAACAACGACUACAGUUUAUUAGGUAAUUCGCUGUUCGCAAUGCGGGGUCAAAAGUGGCGCGAAAUGCGUGCUACCUUGAGUCCAGCUUUUACUGGUAGUAAGAUGCGGCAGAUGUUUCAGUUGGUGGCUUCGACUGCCCAGUCGUUGACUGCUUUUUUUACUGCUGAAGCUCGUAAAGGGGUAAGGCUGGAGUAUGAAAUGAAGGAUAUGUUUUCGCGAUUCGCAAACGAUGUCGUCGCUACAGUUGCCUUUGGGAUGGAGAUGGAUUCUGUGCAGAACCGCGACAACGAAUUCUACUUGAUGGGUAAAAAACUGGUUGACUUUUCUUCGAUAACAAUUUUGUUUAAAUUUUUUAUCAUGCAAUUUAUACCGUCAUUGGCAAACAAACUAAAGUUUGAUCUGUUUGAUGCCAAAGCAACGGAAUAUUUCAAGUCAAUCAUUGUGGGCAACAUGGCGCGAAGACAAGCGCAGGGAAUCGUGCGGAAUGAUAUGAUCCAGAUGUUGAUGGAAGUUCGCCGCGGCACCCUGAAACAUCUGCAGGACGAACUGGACUCGAAGGAUGCAGGAUUCGCAACAGUGCAAGAGUCUAGUGUCGGAAAAUCCACACACUCUCGGGUGUGGUCGGAGAAUGAACUGAUCGCUCAAUGUUUCCUGUUUUUCUUCGCUGGUUUCGAAACGACGUCUACUUGUAUCACAUUUUUAUCGUAUGAAAUUCUCGCAAACCCAGAAGUUCAGAAGCGUUUAUACGAAGAAAUCAUUGAGACGGAAAAGUCGCUGAAUGGAGAGCCACUUACGUACGAAACGUUGCAGAAAAUGCAGUACUUAGACAUGGUGAUUUCAGAGGCGCUUCGUAUGUGGCCACCGAAUUUGCACUCGGAACGGUUCUGCAACAAAGAUUAUCAAUUCGACGACGGAGUUGGCACACGGUUCACCAUUGAAAAAGGGCGAUCCAUUCUCAUUCCAACCAUCGCAAUUCAACGGGAUCCAAAGUAUUAUCUUAACCCAGAACGGUUUGAUCCGGAGCGAUUUAACGAAGAAAAUCGGUCCAGUAUAAAUCCUAAUACCUAUUUACCUUUUGGUAUUGGUCCACGGAACUGUAUCGGAUCGCGGUUGGCCCUGAUGGAAGUUAAAGUGAUCAUGUAUUACCUUUUGAAGGAUUUUAGCUUGGAACCGACCGAGAAAACUCAGAUACCUCUUCGGGUUUCGAAGAAGAGAUUAACUCUGCAUACGGAGGGUGUUUGGUUGGAGUUUCGGCCAAGAGCUUCAAAGGAGGAAUAAUAGACUUUGUUUAAACCAAAGUCAUUAUAUAUUUAUUUUUUAUUCGUGUACAACGUUUCCCUGCGCACUAAAUAAGAGGAAGAUUAUAUAUAUUUCUUGGUGUCAAACUGUCAUUUGAAAAUAAA